UUUGGCGUUAAAAAUGGCCGUUAAAAACCGAAUUUCGGAUUAGGCAUCAAAGUUUUUCAAUCCAAGUGGCUUUAUUCAUCAAUCCAAUGGUUGUGAGUGUAAAUUCAAUGCCAGCGCUCCCAACACUUGCUUUUGCUUCAAAAUGCAGAACCCAGAUAGAAAUAAAUCAAAUGCAUGCAAGUUUAAUUACCACAGGGCAGUUAAAAAAUCCGUGUUUGACCACAAAAAUAAUUCUUGAUUUUGCUAUUUCAAAACACGAACCCCUCGUUAAUUUUGCAAGAUACCUCUUUUUUACUCAAAAUUGUAAAGACCAUUUUAUUUGGAAUUUAAUUAUUAAAUCUUAUUCUCAUGGAAAUGACCCCGAAAAUGCCUUGCAAUUGUUUGCUUUAAUGCUUGUGAAUGGGGUUUUAGUGGAUGAGUAUUCCUUUUCUUUUGUGCUAAAAUCAUGUUCAAGGAUGAGUUUAGUAAAGAAAGGUAUGCAGAUUCAUGGGCUGCUGUUCAAAUACGAAUUUGGGCUGGAUGUGUUUUUGCAGAAUUGUUUGAUUUGUAUGUAUAUAAAAUGUGGGUGUAUUCAAUAUGGUCGGUUGGUGUUUGAUAGGUUGCUUCAGAAGGAUUCUUUUACGUAUAACUUGAUGAUUGAUGGGUAUGUAAAAUGUGGGAUGGUGGAUUCAGCUCGGGAAUUGUUUGAUUCGAUGCCAUUGGAUAUGAAAAAUUUAAUCACUUGGAAUAGUCUGAUCAGUGGCUAUGUGAAAUUUGAGAAUGGGUUUGAGGUUGCUUAUGAUUUGUUUGAGAAAAUGCCAGAAAGGGACUUGAUUUCUUGGAAUUUGAUGAUUGAUUGCUGUGUAAAGAAAGGGAAGUUGGAAUUGGCUAGUCUUUUGUUUGAUAAGAUGCCGGAAAGAGAUGUCAUAAGCUGGGCUACUAUGGUUGAUGGCUACGCAAAAAUAGGCAAUGUUGAUGUUGCUAGAGGUUUCUUUGAUUCUAUGCCUCAAAGGGACGUGAUCUCCUGCAAUGCAAUGAUGGUUGGGUAUGUCAAAAGUGGACUCUGUAAGGAAGCGCUGAGAGUUUUUCACGAUAUGUUAAGUGGAAGUAGUUUUGAUUUGGCUCCAGAUAAUGUGACUUUGUUGACUGCUCUUUCUGCAAUUGCACAAUUGGGCUGCAUUGAGGAGGGGGUUGCAAUACAUCGUUAUAUGGAAGACCAUGGGUUUGUAGUGAGCGGAAAACUUGGUGUUGCCUUGAUUGACAUGUAUGCAAAGUGUGGCAGCAUAGAAAGGGCUAUGAAUGUAUUUGAGAAUGUUGAUAAGAGAGGUAUCGAUCAUUGGAAUACUAUUAUUGGUGGAUUGGCCAUUCAUGGCCUGGGCAAUUUAGCUUUUGGUUUCUUCAUGGAGAUGGAGAAACUCCAUUUAGAACCAGAUGACAUUACAUUCAUUGCGGUUUUGAAUGCUUGUGGCCAUGCUGGACUGGUGAAGGAAGGUGUACUGUGCUUCGAAAUUAUGAGAAGAAUUCACAAGAUGGAGCCUAAGCUUCAACACUACGGAUGCAUGGUUGACAUCCUUGCCCGGGCAGGGCAUGUUGAAGAAGCCACUAGAUUUGUCAAGGUAAUGCCCAUUGAGCCAAAUGAUGUAAUUUGGCGAACAUUGCUAAGUGCAUGCACGAACCAUGAAAAGUUGAGCAUUGGAGAGCCAGUUGCUAAGCAUCUGAUAGGAAUAGAUUCAUACAAUCCAAGUUCUUAUAUACUUCUAUCGAAUAUGUAUGCUCAAUUUGGUCUAUGGGACUAUGUUAGACAGGUUAGGACAAUAAUGAAAGAAAGGGACCUAAAGAAAGUUCCCGGCUGCAGCUGGAUCGAACUCGAGGGAAGUGUUCACAAAUUCUUUGUUUAGAGAAAUUUUUUCUGCACGAAUGGACAGCGGCACUUGGAUUCAGAGCUCAACAUUUGUAGGCUUUGAUGAGGUAUUCUCUUCAUGCCCGAAAGUAGCACUAGCUUCUUUCCCCGAAAGUACAAUGCACACGAAAGCUAAUUGACAGGGAAGGUGAAGCAAGCCAGUGCAUGUAAAAUCAAUUUGAUAAUACUUACCUAAUUUUUUUAAACUUGGGAGUUUGUAUUACACCAUUAUCUUCUAUAUGUUAUGUCUCUAUUAUUGUGA